AUGCCCCCGUGCCCGCUCUGCUGGUUUUUGGCUAAGGAAUGUCUUUCCGACCUCCCAACAGUGGCGGCUAUGGCGUCUACUACACGGAAUAUGGCUUCAAAGACAACCUCCGGGCCAUCCCUGCAAGAAGCACAGCGCUUGCACUUGCUGGAGUCACCAUGGAUUGGCAUAUCCCUCCGUGAGAGCACAGACCGAAUCCAUGGGAAACACCUCAUACUCUACGCUACUUUUUUCAGAGGCACUGCUGUGGUGAAUGAGUUUCUUACGCUCAUCACUAUUGACUGCACUGAUGCCGCCUCUCUUACGUCUGCUGUGGUGCAGUACUUGACGGGAAUUGGACUAGAUCUAAAAAAAAUCACAGGGAUUUCAACGGACGGCGCCAAUGUCAUGGUGGGGAAGAACAACGGUAUAGUCGCCUACAUCACACUCGUGGCGCGCCUCGUGCAGCACACAAUAAUGCGAUUGAAGAACCGGUACCUCAACAUGCAACCAGAUCAUCAUUUCGGCAGCGGGGAGAAGAUGACACUGAAGGAGUUCAUUCAGCGCCAUCAAAAGAUGAACAAGCGGGAGAUGCGGGCAGAGGGAGUGGACAGUAACGGCAACCCCGUGUCCUUCACCUACACGCUGCAUGAGAAGGAACUAGAAGGGCAAGAGACGGACGGCGAUGUUACGGCGUGUUACGAGCUCUCAUUGAAGUUCGCCCGUGCUGUCGACAAGGAGCUAAAGUGGCACAUGAGGGACCUGGAGCAUCUCGAGGGGACGAGCUGUUUUGCUUUGCCUCCUACGUACGAGACGAUGCAAGAUGAGUAG